AUGUGAGAGAGCGAGGGGUCGGAAAUGCACGUCAGGGGUGGAUGAGAGGAGAAGCGAGGGAAAAAAAGGGGGAGGCACCUGUGUGAGACGGAGCAGGUCAGCCUACCACGGUGUCAAGUUUGCGUUAAUCACGGCGCGGCACAGUUUCAGACAUAUUUGUCAAGCGGAGGAGUCAUCAUCAUCAUCAUCAUCGGAUCCGCUCCAGCCGCUGCUCCGAGCCACGUUAUGACUACGCGUUGUUGUUGUUGUUGUUGUCACUGUCACUGACUUAACUUGUGAGGUGAGCUGUGAUUGUCCCUUUCUUAGUCUCCCUGUGCACCUGCAUGUACCGUGGGCGGCCUGGCCUGUCGGUGAGGCGUUGUGCUCAGAGACUGUGCUGCACUAGGAGAACCCAUGGCUUCUGGCCCUCCAUCUCCCUCGGUAGGCCGCAGGCUUAAGCUGCUGGAGUUGCUACUCGGGCCUCUGUUGGUCUUGUUGGUUUCUGGGCUGGGACCAGCGCUGGGUCAGAAGGUCUACACCAACACAUGGGCUGUCCACAUACCUGGAGGUCAGGAGGAAGCUGAUCGAAUUGCCAGUAAACAUGGAUUCAUCAACCAUGGACAUGUAUUUGGUGAUUAUUAUCACUUCCGGCAUCGUACAGUGGCGAAGAGAUCACUUUCAGAUCACAGGGGGACACACGUCCGUCUACUAAGAGAUCCCAAGGUGACUUGGGCAGAGCAGCAGGUGUCGAAACGGAGGAAAAAGAGAGAAGCUUUCGCAGAACCUUUAGAUCCCAAGUUCAGAGACCAGUGGUACCUGUACAACAGCAACCACCGUGACUUGAAUGCCAAGGCUGCGUGGGAGUUGGGCUACACAGGCAAAGGGGUGGUGGUGUCCAUCCUGGACGAUGGCAUAGAGAAGAACCAUCCUGACCUGAUGCAGAACUAUGACCCGGAUGCCAGCUACGAUGUGAAUGAUGGCGACCCAGAUCCUCAGCCCCGAUACACGCAGCUUAAUGAUAACAGACAUGGGACACGGUGUGCGGGAGAAGUGGCAGCAGUAGCCAACAAUGGGAUCUGUGGAGUCGGUGUGGCCUACAAUGCCAAGAUUGGAGGUGUGCGUAUGCUGGACGGUGAGGUCACUGACAUGGUGGAGGCCCAGUCUCUCAGUCUGAAUCCCCAACACAUCGACAUCUACAGCGCCAGCUGGGGCCCAGAAGACGACGGCAAAACUGUCGAUGGACCUGCCAAACUCGCCAAAGAGGCUUUUCUGCGUGGAGUUACAGAGGGGCGCGGUGGCUUGGGCUCAAUCUUCGUGUGGGCGUCUGGAAACGGAGGGAGGGAGAAGGACAGCUGUAACUGUGACGGCUACACCAACAGCAUCUACACCUUGUCCAUCAGCAGCUCCACGCAGAACGGCAAUGUCCCCUGGUACAGCGAGGCUUGCUCCUCCACCCUCGCCACCACCUACAGUUCGGGGAACCUCAACGAGAAACAGAUAGUGACUACAGACCUCAAAUCAAAAUGCACAGACUCCCACACAGGCACCUCUGCCUCCGCACCACUGGCUGCUGGGAUCAUCGCUCUCGCCCUUGAGGCCAAUAAAAACCUGACCUGGAGGGAUAUGCAACAUCUGGUUGUACGAACUUCUCACCCUGCCCACCUGCUCACCAACGACUGGAAAACCAAUGGGGUUGGACGCAAAGUUAGCCAUUCAUAUGGAUAUGGAUUGCUUGAUGCCAGUGCAAUUGUAGCACUGGCAAAGACGUGGACCAGCGUGGGGCCACAGAGGAAAUGUGUGAUCACCAUGGUCUCUGAGCCAAGGAAUAUUGGCAGCCAUUUAUUGAUCAACAUGAGCGUGGACGCCUGCAUCGGGACUGACAGUCACGUGACCUCAUUAGAGCACGUUCAGGCCCGGCUCACCCUGUCCUACAACCGGAGGGGAAACCUGGCUAUCCACCUCAUUAGUCCUGCUGGCACACGCUCCACGCUGCUCCAUCCCAGGCCUCAUGACUACUCUUCAGAAGGUUUUAAUGACUGGGCUUUCAUGACCACCCACUCCUGGGAUGAGAACCCCACGGGGGCGUGGACACUGGAGAUUGAGAAUGUGGCUGGUGCCAGUGACUAUGGCACUCUGACCCAGUUCAUCCUGGUGCUGUAUGGCACCGGCUCGACAUCCUCCAGCUCCUCUGAAAAGCCUCAGGCUGGCAAUGGCAGCUGUAAGACCCUGGACCUAAGGCAGAUAUGCAUCGAGUGCGACUCCGGCUACUACCUCUUUCAGCAGGGCUGUGUGAAAGCAUGUCCAGCAGGCUUCUCAGUGGGCUCCCAGCCUAUCAACUACACAGUGGGGAAUUCUAUACCGCCAGCUUCCGUCCCAGCCUGCCUGCCCUGCCCACCGCCCUGCCUGACCUGCAGCAGCCUCAGCCCUCAGGCCUGCCUGUCCUGCCCCCCUCACAGCUCCCUGGACCCCAUCUCCGGCACCUGCCUGCACCUCAACCAGUACAUGCGCGAGUCCCCCGGCAGCUUCAUGGUAGGGCCUGGGAACCUGGGGUCGCAGCUCCAGCUCAGCUCCCAGCUGCCCAUCACCAUCGCCGUGCUCAGCUGCAUGGCCAUCAUCGCCACCUUCGCUGGCAUCUUCCUGCUGCUGCAGCUGCGCUCAGGCGCGCUUAUCAAGCUGCCCUCUCUGGAGGCUGGCGGCGGUCUUGGGGGCAGCUUCAGCCUCGGGGGAAAUAGGCUGGUGUCGUACCGUGGCAUCCCGACAGUGUGGGGGGAUGACGGGGUAAAUACAGACUCCGAAAACGAAGAGUUUGACGUCCAAAAUGAGAGGACUGCCUUUAUCAAAACACAAAGUGCUCUUUAAUGCCUCCCCCUCAUCCCUCCUUCUCUCCUGCUUUUAAAAUCCUCUCAGCCCCAUUUGUCUGGUAAUUCAGGGCUGUGGUAACUGUCCUUUCACAGUCUUUACUGGUUUUAUUGCUCACCCCCCCCCUUUUUUCUUUUUCUGUCUUACUGGGUUUUUCAUCUGAGUCCUGCUUCGGGAUCUUGUCUUCCUCUCUGCUGUGGGAGACCUGAUGGGAAGCUGCUGUCUCUCAGAGCUCGGGAUGGCCCAAGCUUUGCUUUGUUCACACUUCGGCGCAUUUCUAUUAAACUGGCUCUCUCCCUCCUCUUGCCCUCAAUCACUAACAGUGUCUGUCUGUGCAGAGUCCAUUUUCCCCUCCAGCUCCAGCUCCUUUUUGUUACAGUAAACAAAUGAUUAUUAUUUGCUUGCUUCCUAUUCCUUUUUUUCUCUUUCCAUCAGUCUCAGUGCAGUAGCCAGACGAGAUUGCUGAAUGUGAAGAGGAGAGAUGUGUGUGUGUUUGUCUGAAUGAAUGCGUGUGAAUGUGAGCGUGUAAAUCUGAUGACUAGUGUAGUGCCCUUUAUAGAGAAGCUAAAGCUGGUCCUGUCACAUUUAGUACUUUAACAAAAAAAAGUGAUAACAAAAGUUAUAUUAUAAGGCAUGAAAUCUGAUUUAAAAAUACCAAUUCUCUCGAGGAGUCGUCCAGUGACAGCCACUUCCAAAAUCUCCAAAAAAGCACCACUUAUCUGCAAUGAUUCACAUUUUUUAAGUGCAUUUUAAAAAUCAAAAGCAUAAUAACUGACAGGGAAAUGUCCAGAUUUAAAUGGUUGAUAACUAUGUGCCAGCAGUCAGAGAAACAAAACAGACAGUCUGAGAGCUUUUUGGGUAACGUCUCUGUCGUCUGUCUUUUAAUGAUGAGACAGUAAUUGUAUUUACUUUAAACAGAAUCCAUCUUUCAGGCGAUCACUGUUUUUUUAUCUGUUACACAGUUAUUGUUCUAGGUGUGACGAGGGCUUUAGUUCUCCUAUUGUAUACACAAUGUGGAAAGCUCUCUCUCAGCUCUGGCAGAACAAACUGUGAGUCACACAGCUAGCAAAGCUUCCUCCAGCUUAACUUAACUUUCUCUGGUUUGGAAACUAUAAAUUCUUCCAGCCUCAUAACCUCCCAACUAUCACAUGCAAGGUUUAUCAAAAAAAAUAAGAUAAAUUAAAAGAGAAAAACACACCGACACACACACUCACACACUCAAUGGAGAGGCUACUCCAUCAACCCUGAGGCACAAUCCCUUCCAGGGAUAUUUAAUUUCUCAGUCUGAUGUGCUCACAUCCCGGGGCUGAGAGAGAAGCAGUCGAGGUGCUGAUGGGACCCAGAACAAUAUGUGACUGUUGAGCAUAAGAGCUUCUCAAAGCAGCUGGCAGGUGUUGAGUUACCUGUGAUUGAUUUCUUGACAGAGCGGAAACAGUAACAAUACAUCAAGGCUUUGGCUUUCGUCAGAGCACAUUGGCGCUACAAACACACAUUACACACGCCUCAUAUCAUAAUGCCUGAGAGUUUGUUCAUGUGUGUGUGUGUGUGUGUGUUCCUUUAUUGAAUACGAGGUGGAGAAUGUUAAUCUGCCCUCCGAAGUGAAGGUUUCCUUCCCUCCCUCGUCUCACAGCUUCUGCUCUCUCUUUUCCACAUCUUGAAUAUUGUUCAGAAAAUCCUGCGUCGAGACUCCACAUCUCAUCAGCGUCUCUGCACUCACCCUCCAGUCUUCAUCUAAUCUGAAUUUCAGAUUAUCUCUUCAGCGUACUUGCCAAUUAAUUAUUUUCUGAAUGAUACUGCAGCAGACUAUUUAUUCUGAGAGAUUUUAAUCAUACCUUUAGGGAGGAUUGUUUAAAAGUGAUUUCUCUUUCGGGCUGGUUAUCAUCCAAAAUAUGCACCUCAUGAUUUAAUCCAGUGUAGCCAUUUUGAAUCCAUUGAUUUCUUUUUCUACUAUGUUGAUUUUUUUUUUUUUUUUUUUUUUUUCCAGCACAAAAACAGUGGCGCUUGCUGAGAGAGGUUGUCAUGGCGAUGACAUGCAUACAAAACUGCAGCUGCUCAUCCUUUUAUCUACCUCUCAUAUCAGUCAGCAAGGUUUCAUACACCAUUAGAGGAGCUGUUAAAUGAUUAUAGAGGUCAAAUUAUAUGUAGGUCAGACAUGAAAACUCUUCUCUGGAAAGGUUUAGGAGAAUAGGCAUGUAAGUCAAAUUUAUGUUUUAGAGGCGAAACAAGCCAUUGCAAUUCAGAAACUGUACAGCUGCUGUGUAAAUUCUAGUUCCCCUGAAACUCCUAUCUCUCCUAAAAAUUUAUUGCCUUUAUGAUCAGCAUUCAUGGGCUGCCACACCUGGGCUUUAAAACCUGUUAUUGAAAAUAGAAGGAUUGUCCAUAGAUCUUGUCAGCAGGCAUUUUAAGUGCUAAAUCAACCUAAAAAUAGUUAGGAGGCAUUUGUUUUCCUCACCUCUCACACUCAGUUUCCACCCAGAUGGCUCCACUUGGGGUUAAGAAAUUUUUUUGUGUCUGUCUCUGACAAUCAAAUAAUUUCCUUGUUUUGUGGGUAGGGAAGGUACACAAACACACAAAUCAGUUUUGAUAUAACCCCUUGUGUUUGGAAGCCUUCUCAGAAGGCAUUACUAAUAAAAAUGUGGAGCUCAACAUGAUUUAAAAUUUCACAAGCGAGAAUAAAGAAUUUCAAACCAAUACCUGCCAAAAAUCCCGUUCAAAAGGAUGGAGAGAGCCUGGUUCGUAUCCUCUCAGACACAGUGCUGCGCCAGGAAGCUUAAUUCAUCUCAGAUGGCUGGUGCAGGUGUAGCACAUUUGGCUUAUCGCGACAGUUUCAGCCAGGAAGCACUAAACUGGAUUGGAAACCAACCCGAGAAUGUGGAUUUUAGAGAAAAUGCCCUCAAAAGGGACAAAGCUAAUGUGGCUACAGAAUAACGAGUAUGUUCUGCGUGGCUUUGUGUGAUGUACAUUAGUGCCUACUGCCAUUUAAACUUUGAUUAGCCCCUGUUUGAGGAGGGUGCUAAUUUAAAAAUGUAAUAACUUCAGCCUCAGACUUGAGCCACACAAUCUUAUUGACUUCCCAGCUUGGUGUGAAGUGUGUAAACAACAGAUAAUGGGCUAAUGCGGCACCAAAAUUGCUUCCAUAAACUGUUUUCUUAAACUCUGGAGGCUCAGAGUUAGCUUUUUUAGAAGUAUAGUGUGGGACUUUGACCAAUUUGUUGCCAUUAGUAUGGAUAAUUGAUGCUCAGCCUAGUCAACAUUGUUUAUUAUGCGUCUUCCCUUAGAAGAUUAAAAUUGCUGUAAUAAAGAAUAUAGUUCCUCCAACAUUGCAACAUUUUGGGGUGUUCAGUUUCUGUGGCCCCCACCCCAAGCCCGCAGAUACAAAAUUAUUUAUUCAUCUUAACUUGGUGUUGUAUUCACUACAGCUUGACAGACUGAGAAAACUUUAUACUGAUGAACUCAGAGCUCUGUGCAUUCAAGUGUCCAGCUCUUAAGAAAAUCGUGAAUGCGGGCAGCAUUAAAUAGCUAGUGCUUCCAAAGCACUGGGAGCUGCAGAAGACCAUUAGCAGUCAGCUUACUCCUUUCACUGCAAGAAUGUGAUGGAAACUACACACUUAAAAAGAAGGAAAAAAAAAAAGAGGUUCUAUAAUCAUGCCAGAAAGCAGCUCCUAAUUAUAAGGCAACUACUUCUCUGGCACUAGUGUGAAGCCUUUUAAUGUUAAAAGUAACAGGAAUGUUACAAAAAAAAUCUGCUUGCUGCAAACUGUCUCCUCUUAUAGCGAAAAGACUCGCUCAUGGGCACGGUGGAGGCUUUGUCUUCAUACCGCUGAUUUAAGUCGUGGAACUUGAUGUUGCUUCGGUCCUGCCUUAGGAUGUAGUCUGAAGUGAUCAAUAUGAAGUUGGAUGGAGUUGAUAGGAGCAAUAUCUUUGGCAUAACCAAAGACAAUCAAAUGCUGUCGGUUUAGUGUUUAGACAUGUUGCUUUCAGGUUGUCACAGUCCAUCGACCCCUUUCACCUGCAUUCAGAGUGUUUUGUUGAUGUCGCUCUGUCAUCUCUGCCCUUUUUGAAGACCUGCGGCGACACCCCAUAUGUUCAGCAGCUGUGGAGGGAGAGGGUAGAAUGUAUCCCAUCUCCAUUAACUUAAGGGCUGAAUCAGAUCUGCGUGCGUCCGUGUGUGCACAUGCUUGUUUUAAGUUUAAAUAAAACACUUUGUGAUGGGAGGGUGGGGGUGGGGGGGUUGUGGUUAGUGGAGCAGCCUCAGACGACUCUAUUGACCUCCUCCUGCCUCUUCAAGAGGUUCCUGGCCUGUGGCUGCACACAGUACCUUACAGAUUUGUGACCUAUGAAUAAUGUACAAGAAUGACUAUCUUACAUGGGACAUAACUCUAAAAUAAGGCCUAUUUUUGUACUAUAUGAAUGGUGCAGUGUAAUUUUCUUGUAAUUUAAAGAUUUUUUUUUUUUGCUCUUGUUUUUCUUCUUUUUAUUUAAUUGAUGUCAAUUAUAGAUUCUACUAAAAUAAAGAUCUAUGCAAAUUUGAA